AUGCAACAGGAGGAUCUGGACCAGGGCAAAUAUUCAUCACCUCUUCCCAGUCUGAGGCCUCUGCAAGGUAGAAGGAAGAAUGAAUAUACCACUGAAGAAGCUCAUCGGAAGUUUAUGAAACUUUAUCCCAAAAUCUUCAUUAAAAGAAAGCCCAUCUUUCCAGGAAUUCCUACAAAGAGAACAAAGGGAGUUCAUAACUGCGAAUUUGACCAUGUCAAUGAAUUUGGUGAAGAUUCCCACAACAUAACGUUGUACUUGAAUAAAAUUAAAAUUCCCCAGGCAGUGCAUUUUGGCUCUCCAGAAUACAUAGAGAAGAUGAUAAUCCUGAGUAAGAUACUAAAGAAAAUCCCUGUUCUAAGGUCUCCUGAGGAACAUGAGACUGUCUAUAAAACUUUGAAACUCAUUCCUGACAUUAAUGAACAACUUUCAGAUGAAGAGAUGAGAGAACUCAUGGCAUGUAUUGUAAGGGAAUACUGGGUGAAAGGAAGUACAGUGGAUGGAAGCCAGGGAUUCUAUGCAAUCCUCAGAGGUUCUGCUAAACCACAGACAAAAUUUUACAAAAAACUUCUUGGAGGAAAUUUUAUUUCAUCUAGUGUGCUGCUUUGUCCCCAGAGUUCUUCUAGACUGUCCUUAUCACCAUCCCAAACAUUGGAGAGCACUGAUUCCAGGGAGAUGCCUGGGCCGAGCCAAGAUGUCAGUGGAAACAAGGACAGUGUGCCAAAGGACAAUGGAGGCAAACAGGAUGGCGUCGAUGAUAGACAGUUGCCAGUUCAGCUGGAUGUGGUGGUGGUGCCACCAGCAACCCCAGAAGCCAAACACGUGCCGGGUGUUAAUAAUGGGGUGGCAGACGCUCUGUCUCGCCGACAGAUGGAGCGCUUCCGGCAAUUGGCCCCGGAGGCAGAUCCGCAGCCAUUCCGGGUGCCUCAGGACCUGUGCUGUGUCUCGCUCUGGGAGGCUUUGGAUCCUCAUUUGCGGGCACAGCAUGAUAUUCUGGGCUGCCCACUUUGCCCGAAGAUCGCCGAUUGGCUCCCAGUUGGGGCUGAGUGA